GUGCCGUUCACUGUAACGUGACUGAAGUGUCCUCGUUUGGUAUUUUUGUCUUGUUAAUUUCACAGUUAGUAGUUUUAUUCCAGUUCUCCAGAUUGACUGAUGCACGCGUGCUGUUUAAGCGUCGCGUCAGAAGCGAUCAGAGAUCAGUCGCAGUCGCAGUCGGGGACGCGCAGAUCACACGCUGCUUUCAGUCUCAUCACGCGCGCACCCGCGGCUUUAUCUGUCCGCUUCAUGCGCGCGGGGUUUUUAACGCGCGCUCGUGUCUCCAUGCGGUCCGCGUCACUGAGCGUAUAGCCGCGCGUUGUAGCCUCGCGUCGCGUUGAGUCUCGGUGUUCUCUCGUCAGUCAUGAGCUCCUGCGACCGGACACUGACUCUGCUGACCGCUGCCCUCCUCAUACACGUCUCUCUGCAGGGCGAGCACCAGCGACGGCUGUACAAAGACUUAAUGAGAAACUACAACCCUCUGGAACGACCCGUUUAUAACGACUCGCACUCGCUCACUGUGCACUUCAGCUUCAGUCUGAUGCAGAUCAUGGACGUGGAUGAGAAGAACCAGGUCCUGACAACCAACAUCUGGCUUCAACUGUAUUGGACAGACUACUAUCUGCAGUGGAACACCAGCGAUUAUCCCGGCGUCAGCACGGUUCGAUUCCCAGACUCCCUCAUCUGGAGGCCGGAUAUCCUGCUGUAUAACAGUGCUGAUGAGAGAUUUGACGCCGCAUUUCACACCAACGUGCUGAUCAACUCUUCUGGAUACUGCCAGUACCUGCCGCCAGGGAUCUUCAAGAGCACGUGCUACAUCGACGUGCGCUGGUUCCCGUUCGACGUCCAGCGCUGCGACCUGAAGUUCGGCUCGUGGACGUACGGCGGAUGGGCUCUGGACCUGCAGAUGAUGGAGGCCGACAUCACCGGCUACAUCGCCAACGGGGAAUGGGAUCUGGUCGAGGUUCCAGGCAGGAGGAAUGAGAAGUUCUACGACUGCUGUAAGGAGCCGUACCCUGACGUCACCUUCACCGUGGUCAUGAGGAGGAGGACGCUUUACUACGGGCUGAACCUCCUGAUCCCCUGUGUGCUCAUCUCCACUCUCGCCCUGCUGGUGUUUCUGCUGCCCGCCGACUCCGGGGAGAAGAUAUCGCUGGGAAUCACAGUGUUGCUGUCGCUCACCGUCUUCAUGCUCCUGGUGGCGGAGAUCAUGCCCGCCACGUCAGAUUCUGUGCCUCUGAUUGCUCAAUAUUUUGCGACCACCAUGGUGAUUGUGGGUCUGUCCGUCAUCGCUACAGUCCUGGUGUUGCAGUAUCACUAUCACGAUCCCGACGGAGCCAAGAUGCCACGAUGGACCCGCGUUCUCCUCCUGAACUGGUGUGCCUGGUUUCUCCGCAUGCGCCGGCCCGGCGAGGAGCGGAUCCGUCUGGCGUGUCACAACAAACAUCCCCGGCGUGGGAGUGUGUCGAGCGUGGAUCUGUCGGUCAGCCAGGGGGCGCUGCAGCCCGCCAGCGGGAACAUGCUGUACAUCGGCUUCAGAGGGGUGGAGGGCGUCCAUUACGCUCACGAUUCUCACGGCGUGCUCUGCGGGCGUCUCGUGGCGUCCACUGAGGACGACGUGCUAUUGCCGGGGUCGACGGUGCCGUCGCUAGGAGGCGGGGCUGGGAUCAGGGGCGGAGUCAGUGGAGGUAUCGUGGGUGGGGCUUUGGAAUUGGAACUGGCCAAAAUUCUAGAGGAAGUGAGGUAUAUCGCCAAACGAUUUCGCGACCAGGACGAGGACGAGAAUGUGUGUAACGAAUGGAAGUUCGCGGCGGCGGUGAUCGAUCGUUUGUGCCUCAUGGCGUUCUCUAUUUUUACAAUCCUCUGCACAAUCGGGAUCAUGAUGUCGGCACCUAAUUUCGUGGAAGCCAUCUCGAAAGAUUUCUUCACCUGAUGCCUGACGUUCUUGCCGCUAACUUCGUCAUUUUACGUUUUUUGUACAUCGCUCAGAAACGACGAGAUUCUUGUGUAAUGGGAGUGCAAAUGACAUGCUAACUAGGGCUGACCGAAAUCACAUUUAUGCACUUUUUAAUUGUCCUCAUCUUAUUAACUAGAGAUGUUUUAUUACAUCUCUGAUUUAAACGAGCAGCGUUAAGGCCUGUUCAAACCAAGGACGAUAACUAUAACAAUAAAGAUAAAGAUAUCGUCCACAGCAUGACUAU